UCCUUCCCUCCCUCUCCCUCUCUCUCUCGCUCUCUCUCUCUCUCCACCCUCUUGCUCUGCUUUCACUGUAGCAGACACGUUGCAGGCACACAGACACACACACACAGAGACACACAGACACAGACACCGACUCCCAUCCCUGCACCAAAAGCCACAAAUCACACAGUGGCUCGGCUCGAGUCGGGGGAGCAGAGGAACGCCGACAAAACAAAGCGAUGACUGGCAGACGCGAGGCGAGAGCAUGCGAUGAUUUUGGAGUUUAGGCAUUCGGAACCCCUUGGUUUGUUUGCAGGAUCAGAUACAAAAAGGGGACAGCGUCGGCAGGCUUAACGAACUAGUCCAUGAAGGAAAGUAGGAGGCGAAUGGAUUGACAGGGGUGCACCGCCAGGCUUGAGUGGACUAAAGCUCUCUCCUGAGAGGACACAGCGCAAUGAAAAGGAUGGUAAGUGUUUGCCAUCGUUCCCUUCAUUUGCCGUGAGGAAAGUCUGCAGGCAAAACAGGAAACAGGAGAAGGCAGAGCCAUGGAAAUGCCUCUAGACUAGACGAGAGACAGACGUGCAGACCAGAUGGAUUAAGCCAACGGGGGCUAAGACAGCUUGAGCUCUUUCAGCUCUAAGCCCGACUGAUUGGACAACGUUUGCACCUUGCAGCCAUUUACUCACCGGGGACAGGUUUGAGCAAUGCCACAAAAGCCCAAGAAGGUCCCAAUCAUGCAUCAGUUUGGGAUUUUCAGGCACUGACGAAGAAAGCUCUACCCUGAUUGGAUAAAUUAAAUCUAGUAAACGGUCAGAGCGUGUGAAAAGAAGCGAUGAUGAGCCUUGACCCUACACACAUCUUUAAAGCCCCGAGGAUUAUAGAGAGCUCUGUGGGAACAAAGCACUUGAGCUAAUAAUUAUGUGACAAUCAUUGCUUGAUUGGUUAGAUCAUUCAUCUUCUGGGAUCAAGGAGCACGGAUGUAAUGAAAUUCAACGAGGAGAUAAAAAUCAAUGUUUCUGCCCAGCUGCCUGUGCCAUUCCCUCCCAAGCUCCUUUCUGGGGUUUUCACCCUUAAAUAUUGAGGAAACUAGCAGGAGACCUCAGCCCCACAAAAAAUGGGCAAAAUGUGGAACCAUUUUAAAUCUUGAUGCAGCACAGACAUUUCAGGUCUGUGGAUAAAUAACUAUCAUGCCAAGCCCAGUGCAGCUGUGGCCAUCCAGGAUAAAAGACCCACAGCUAGGACAACUCAGCUAUGACUUGAAAUGCAUCCGUCCCAAAAGAGCACCUGCUUGUCUUAUGUCUCCAGCGACUGUCCUGUGGUUGGGCUUGGUCGGCCAAAUCCUACAGGGUUACAGUCCAGGCGUGUCGGCCGGGGAGACAUGGGGCAUGGUGUCCAUCUGCCCCUUCCACUGUGUGUGCCGGAACCUAUCAGAGUCUUUAAGCACACUAUGUGUAAACAAAGGACUUCUCUUCGUCCCACCCAACAUAGACCGCCGCACUGUGGAGCUUCGCCUUGCUGACAACUACAUUCUGGAGGUUGGCGGAGCUGACUUUGCCAACAUGACAGGGCUGGUAGAUCUGACCUUGUCGCGCAACACCAUCCAUGCCCUUCGGCCGCUGGCCUUUGCAGAUUUGGAGAGCCUGCGGUCACUCCACCUGGACACUAACCGAUUGACUGUAGUGGGACCUCAGGAUCUUACGGGCCUUCUCAAUCUUCAGCAUCUCUUCAUAAACAACAACCAGCUUACUGAUGUCUCAUCUGAUGCCUUCGAUGACUUCCUGCUAACACUGGAGGACUUGGACCUGUCCUACAACAAUCUCCGCCGGGUUCCUUGGGAAGCAAUUCAGAACAUGGCCAGUCUAAGCACCCUGAAUCUAGACCACAACCUGAUAGAUCAGAUAGCUGAGGGCUCUUUUGGUGAGCUCUACAAGCUCUCUCGCCUGGAUAUGACCUCGAACAGGCUGCAGACACUUCCACCCGAUCCUCUGUUUUCCCGCUCACAGAUAGGAGUGGUCAGCCCAACGCCAUACAAUGCCAUCAUCAGCUUGAAUUUCGGAGGCAACCCUCUGCAUUGUAACUGUGAGCUAUUGUGGUUACGGAGGUUGACCCGUGAGGAUGAUAUGGAGACUUGUGCCACACCUUUGCACCUUGCUGGACGUUACUUCUGGUCCAUUCCAGAGGAAGAAUUCACAUGUGAACCGCCUCUUAUCACUCGCAACACCAACAAGUUGUGGGUCUUGGAGGGGCAGAGGGCCACACUGAAAUGCCGCUCAAUUGGUGACCCUGAGCCAGUCAUCCAUUGGGUAUCUCCAGAUGACCGCAUUGUGGCAAACACCAGCCGAAUACGCUCAUAUUACAAUGGGACAUUGGAUUUCUUGGUUACUCGAGCUAGAGAUGAUGGCGUCUAUACCUGUAUUGCCAUCAACGCAGCUGGGGAGUCUACUGCCCAGGUAGACUUAAAGGUCAUCCCACUUCCUCACCGGGGAAAUGGAACAGUCCCCCUCAUUAACUCCCGGGACCCUGGUUCCUCGGACAUCAGCAGUGGUAGAGGAGGGAUGGGGGUGGUAACAGUAAGGAAUGUGACUACAGGUGAGGGGGAGGACACUGGAACUGGCAGUAGCAAUACCGGUACUGAAAGACUGGUGGGAGUUCUGGGAGUGACUUCGAAUUCUGCUGAGGUGCGCUGGAAUAUGGGUAGAACUUCAACACCUUACCUGGUGUGGAUGUACCAGAUUCAGUACAACAGCACAGCAGAUGACGCUCUUGUGUACAGGAUCCUGCCUCCUACCAGUAACAGCUUCCUGCUGAAGAACCUGGUCUCCGGUGCAGACUACAGCUUAUGCGUCCUGGCCAUAUUCGAUGAUGGCAUUUCCUCCCUGGCCACCACAAAGGUGUUGGGCUGCACCCAGUUCAGCACUAAAGAGGAUUACCCAGAAUGCCGCUCUCUGCAGGCUCACUUCCUGGGCGGCACGCUGACUGUGAUGGUGGGUGGGGUGGUGGUGGUGACAUUGCUGGUCUUCACCGUGGCUAUGAUGGUGCGGCACAGAGUUUGCGGAGACUGCAGGGACGAUGCCAACCUUUCAGGAGAGUUCUUGCCGGUCAAAGGGGUGGAUGUUUAUGCCCAGACCAAUGGAAACAACAGCGUGAUGAUGGUGGCCGUGCCAAACGGGUUGCUGGCCCAGCAGACGAAAGCAGUGCCGGCCAAAGCCAAGCACAAGUCGAAAGCCAAAAAGAGCCCGGAACCACACUGCGGUCAGGGCACGGACUCGGAUCCUGGGAGGGGGUCCGAGAAAUGCGCCCUCACCUUCAUACCUGAGAGCGAGAGAGCAAACACUGCACACACCCUGCCUCAUUCUGGACAAAAAGCUGCAAAGCAUGGGGGCAGGCUGAAACAGAGGAGGUCUCUGGAGAGAGACAGGGACAAAAUUAAGGAGCAGGACAAGAGACAAGCCUUAGCUUCCCUGGCCACAGUCCAGGCAGGACAUGAAGAAGGGGAGGGCAGCUCGGACUCAGGGUUGGGAGAGUCCGGUGUGCCGGGGGCCAAGCGAAGCUGCUCCUUUGAUGCGGGCGACAUCGCAACCACCACGUGCUACAGUUACGCCAAGCGCUUGAGUGUCAUCUGGACCCGCCGCAGCCAGUCACUGCACGGAAUGCUGGUCCACUGUGCGUCCACCACCAGCACGUCCAGCGUCAGCAGCGGCGAGCAGUACGGUCAUGCCUUGACGCAGGGCUAUCUGCACGCCUACGCCUCAAACAACUCCUCCAACUCCAACUCAAACUGUAGCAUGGCUGCCAAUCCUGGAGACCUGGAGGAGAGUGUGGUAUAGAGGCUGAUGCAAGACGUGCAGAGCGAGCAAAGCAUGAAAGAGACUGUAGCGCUGUAGCGUCUGUGGUUGCCUGAGGGAAAGUGCUCCAUGUUCAGCAUGUACCAAGCAGAUAAACGUGCCAUGCUAAACGCAGUACUGACAGGAGGAGUAAACCGAUACCUUUCAUGUGAACAACAAUGAUAAAAAAAUAAAAACAAAAAACAAAAAAAAUGCAUUCAAGGAACAACAGCUGUAAUGAGGAGUUCUGUACCAGAGAAGCUCCACACAAAGAGCUGCCCAUUAUUUUGGUGUCUUGCUUUUAUUCUUAAGCACUAUGAGGCCAAAAUCAAAUUAUAGAAAGACAAAGAACAAGGAGGGAGGGGGCUGGAUUUGGAGAAAUGAGAUUCAAGAACAUGUUUGUUUGGUCGUCAGGCCCCAAGCGCACGGGGAUUACAACCUGGAGCUUCUGUUUCGACAAGAUUAAUUAACCAAUUAAUAAAUUAUUGGGAUAAAAAAAUCCGACACCACUUUACACCAAUGCAACAACCUGUGAAUGCAAAUCAGGGGCUCAACGAAAGGAUAAAUAUCGGAAAAACUAAUUCUAAACCAAGACAGGGGGCCAUUCUUCCUCUGUAAUAUGCUGCCGAAGGGAAAGAAGCACACUUCUUUUUUCUUUUUUUUUGAUAAAGGUGGAAGUUGAAUGAUUACAAAUACCCUGUAAAGGUUUUCAUUUUUUGUGGUCAUUUUGCUACUGAAUAUUCAUUUAAAACAAACAGGAAGAGGCGUUGAGACUGAGAGAGCUGAGAGCAUCCAUUUGUUCAUGUGUAUGUACCAUCAUUCAGCAACGGUUCUACUGGUCCGACCUGCGGAUCUGAGUGUUCUCAUAUGAUCCUUUUUUCUUCAGAAUAAUAAAACAGAAAGCUGUUAUGUUAAAUUGAGAUUCUGAAUUAUGGAAUAAAAGUUGCUAUUUUUGA